CUCUCUUAUCGUUAACAAUUUGUGAAGCAGAAGAAACAUUUGAUUUGAUGAGAUGGGGAAGAAGAAAGGGAAAGCGAUCAUAGUAGGAGGAAGUAUAGCAGGCUUAUCUUGCGCACACUCGCUCACGUUAGCAUGCUGGGAUGUUUUGGUUCUCGAGAAAUCUUCCGAACCUCCUGUUGGGAGUCCUACUGGUGCUGGGCUCGGACUCGACCCUCAGGCUCGGCAGAUCAUCAAAUCAUGGCUUACUACUCCACAGCUCUUAGAUGAAAUCACCUUGCCUCUCUCGAUUGAUCAGAAUCAGACAACUGAUAGUGAGAAGAAAGUGACAAGGAUUUUAACAAGAGAUGAGGAUUUUGAUUUCCGAGCAGCUUAUUGGUCAGAUAUUCAAUCUCUUCUGUAUAACGCAUUGCCUCAGACCAUGUUUCUUUGGGGACAUAAGUUUCUGUCUUUCACAAUGUCACAAGAUGAAUCUAAUGUAAAGGUUAAGACUUUAGUUGUGGAAACUCAAGAAACUGUUGAAAUUGAAGGAGACUUACUUAUUGCAGCUGAUGGGUGUUUGUCUUCGAUUCGGAAAACUUUCUUGCCUGACUUUAAACUGAGGUACUCUGGUUAUUGUGCUUGGAGAGGUGUAUUUGAUUUCUCAGGGAAUGAGAACUCGGAAACAGUUAGUGGGAUUAAGAAAGUGUAUCCGGAUCUUGGAAAAUGCUUGUAUUUUGAUCUCGGUGAACAGACUCAUAGCGUGUUUUACGAGCUUUUUAACAAGAAACUCAACUGGAUUUGGUAUGUCAAUCAACCAGAGCCUGACCUGAAAGUAAGAAGACUAAUUCCUCUCUCUUUUUGAUUAGGAUGCGUCUACAAGUGUAGUUUUCUUGAUUUCUAUUUUGUUGUUGUUAUGGAAUUACGAUAUCAGAGCAACUCUGUUACUCUAAAAGUGAGUCAAGAAAUGAUCAAUAAGAUGCAUCAAGAAGCAGAAACCAUUUGGAUCCCCGAACUAGCGAGACUCAUGAGUGAAACAAAGGAUCCUUUCCUUAAUGUUAUUUACGACUCUGACCCUUUAGAACGAAUCUUUUGGGGAAACAUCGUGUUGGUUGGAGACGCGGCUCAUCCCACGACCCCUCAUGGUCUAAGAAGCACAAACAUGUCGAUACUUGAUGCGGAAGUGCUAGGCAAAUGCUUAGAGAACUGUGGACCUGAGAAUGUAAGUUUGGGUCUUGAGGAAUAUCAGAGAAUAAGAUUGCCUGUUGUUUCUGAGCAAGUUUUGUAUGCAAGGCGUUUGGGGCGUAUCAAGCAAGGUCUGGAUCAUGACGGAAUUGGAGAUGGCGUUUUUGGUUUGGAGCAGAGAAACAUGCCAUUCUUUUCCUGUGCUCCCCUUAUCUAGUGAUAAAUAUUUGAUGUGAGAGAUGUUGUAUGUUAAUAAUUGUGUGUUUAAUAGACUUGAACAUAUUGUUUGGAACGUUAAUGUAGAAACUAUGGAUACUUCAAAUACAAGUUAUAUAAAAAUGAUGAAAAAAAUCAGUUUUGUGACCCUAGAAUCCACAAAGCAGGAGAAAAUUUGUUUUCACUGUCAAAAAGGAAGGAAAAA